AUGAGGGAAGGAGAAGAACUGAGAGAAAGAGAAGUAGAGGAAGUAGAAGUGGGAGGAAGCAAAAGUGGCAAGUCAAGGGCAUUUGACCUUGGUCUAUUUCUUCGUGAUACAUACAAUGAUUUUUUGGGAUCUACUUAUAUCCCGGGUUCUGUUGAAGCUAGAUGUUCGGACGUGAAUCGUACAAAAGAAUCUUCAAACUUGAUUUUGAAGGGUUUGUUUCCAGCAGCGGAGGUACCCAUAAAAUCUGAAGACAAAAUAGAAGAUGUCCUGUUUUUCCCUCAAAUAUGUCCUGAAUACGUAAUGGAUUAUUUAAACGCAAAUGAAAAACCAGACGUAAAGGAAGAGCUUGCAAAAUUAGAAGAUUUCAUGGAAAAUUUAAGUAAGUGGACUGGCAAAAACAUAACUUCGUCGAUUGAUAUGUAUCUUCUUUACACAACUUUGGACACCGAAAAGUUCAUGAAUCUUACGCUUCCAUCUUGGACCAAUGGUAUCUAUCCAGAUGGUGAUCUUCUGAAUGGAACGCUUCUGGAAUUUAAAAUAAUGAAUUAUGACGAAAAGAUGAGAAAACGAAACGGGGGCAGGUUGAUUAAAAAAAUCAAAGAAAAUAUGGAGUCUGUAGAAAACGGUUCAAUGGAUGAAAACCGAAAACUCAUGUUAUACGGUGCCCAUGAUCUUAACGUUGUUGCUGUUCUGGAGGCCUUGGGUGUUUUUCAUUCCCAUGUACCCAAAUUUUCAAGUGCUGUAAUUGUGGAAUUACAUCUUAUUGAAAAAGCUUAUUACGUAAAGAUUAAUUAUUACUUGGGCGUGCCAGCAGAGGUUAAAACUUUACGGAUUCCUGAAUGUGAAACAUUAUGUCCAUUAGACCAAUUUUCCAAUCUGAUGAAAAAUGUUAUUCCCUCUGACCUUGACUUUGAAUGCGAAAAACUUCGAAAAGAACCAGAUUUUGAUUUUGAAACCGAUUCUGGUACCGUGGAAACAUUCAAGAAAAUAUUCUCCUGAAGAAUCAUAA